AUGAAAUUACAUAUAUUAGGUUUGAUAUUACUAUCACUUCUUCAAAACGUCAUGGGUGAUGUUGAAUACACCGCCCCAAAAGCAGGAGCUAAAUUCGAUGGUUCUUCAGGUACAGCCAGUGUUGAAAUUACUUGGAAAGAUGAUUCUGACUCAGGUACAGAUUUGGCAUUAACCAAUGUACAAUCAUAUACAAUUUCAUUAUGUACUGGGCCUGAUGCAGGUGGAUCUAUUCAAUGUUUAACCCCACCAUUAGUUCAACCUACCACUAUUCCAAGUUUGAAAACAACCGUUAGUAUCAAACAAGGAUUAGUUCCAGAUGGAUAUUAUUAUUUCCAAAUCUAUGCUGCUUUUGGAAAUGGAGGAAGUACUAUUAAUUAUUCGCCUAGGUUUCAAUUAACAGGUAUGACUGGUCCAACAGGUACUUUGGCUGUUACGGUGACUGGUGAUGUUCCAGCUGAGCAAAUUCAAAAUAUGAAUGCUGCCCAAGGGAUUAAUUCUCAAUCGUUUUCGAUCCCAUAUACUGAACAAACAGGUAGGACAAGAUAUGCACCAAUGCAAACACAACCAGGACCACUGGUCACUGCCACAACUUGGACUAUGAGAUAUCCUACUUCUGCCGUCACUUAUUAUUCUACAAAGGCUGGGUCGCCAGUUGUUUAUUCGACUAUUACUCCUGGUUGGGAUUAUACUGCUGAAUCAGCUGUGAAUUAUGCUAGUGUUGCUCCAUAUCCUACAAAUUGGUAUCCUGCUAGUGAUAGAGUAACUAAAGCUACUCUUAGUGCAGCUUCUAAGAGAAAGAGAUGGUUAGAACUUUAG